AUGGCUACCUGUUUGGUCAUGACUCAGCUGUUUGGUGAUGAAUUACUGGAAGUUCUUUCAAGUACAUCAAAGAGCCCAGGAGAAGAAACCCCGAGCUCGACUCAAGAUUCGUAUCCGCUACCACAACUUAGUCAACCGCAAUUGCAUUGUCGCGUCAAAGUUGUACCGAAGACAGUACCCUCCACAUUCAAAUCGUUAUCGGUUGCACUACGUCAGGUUGUCGACAAACAAACAACUCUGUUUCCAGUGAAGUCAACACUUGACGGUCUACAUCUCUUUACUGCUGAAAUACUGGAGUUAAGGCGCCGCGAAUUUGUGACCAAGCGUGGUUAUCCGGAGUGUUUGUUAGACCAGCCAGCAGGGGACAACUCAUUUAGCUCGCAAAACGUGAAUGGCACGCCAGACGCUACGAAGACGUACGUAAAGAAGCAACUUUCGAGCGAACAGGUCCCUCAGAAGGAGCACAUGGUGAGUAUCGCAGGAAGGAAUCUCAAUAUGAGCGGUAAAGAAAAGCGGGGCACUAUCGCCGGAACUGAGUACGUGGAAAACAACAACGAUUCUCUGACAAGGUCUACGAGUCCAACGACCAAGAGAUUGAAACAAGAAGCCGAGCGAUCAAAUGUUGGAAUUGGGGUAACCGCAAAUAAAGAACUAGACGAAAAGAUUGACGCUCUGCUGGAAGAUGCAAAAAACAACGCACACACAGGGUAUCCACGAUAUGAAUUUAUUCCUGUUUUUGAAAAAGAUGCAACAGACGCGAAGCCAAUAGGGAAAACGAAAACAAAUCCUGGUUGCAAUUUCCAACUGGGCGCCUAUUGGUCAGGCAGUGCUUGCCUAUCAUUCUUCUCAAUGGAUAAGACGAACAAAAAUUCGGAGGCCAUACCUGAAGAUUGGCGCAUCUUCAGUGCGCCAAUAUCUUGUAUACGUGUGUGCAAAAUUCCGUCAUCCAGAAACAGCCCUUUCAUUUUGCAGGACACGGACGAUCAUGCCUCUCUGCAAAGUGCUGAUUCGCUCUAUCUGCUUGUUGGACUAAUCAACGGAAAUUUGAUUGUUCGUGACUUAUACUCCCGGCUUUAUCUGCGCACAGUGAAUGUAUGCUCUGGAAUAAUCAUCGAGGUGAAUGUUUUAAACCCAUGCGAACCAUCAAGCAAAAACCUUGAUAUAUCGCUCAUUCAUACAUCUGUGAGUCGGCGUUCUCCCCCAGAAGUACUAUUUCUGCGAUUAUCACCCGAUCGAACCGACGUAUUGAGCAUGCCGAACAAAGAGACCUACCACGCAGUUGCUAUGCUACAAUUGGAUGGAUGCCUCAGUCUCACUGCAGGUCUGCGGUCAGAUUCGGAACUGGUGCUAUUCCUACCAACUGGGCACUCACAGAAGCCGAAGGUUGACCAACUUCGGUACAUCCGCGUCCAGCUGCCGCGACCAUACGUCAUAAGCCUCAGCUGUGGUACAGUCAGUCUGCUGCCUAGGUCACAAUUUGAUUCAAUUGGAGAAGAGCUAUCCAACCAGCUACGACUGACCGCUGCAGAGAAUGGAAACGAAAUAUAUCUGUGGAUACGUGCUGUUUCAAGGAAUGUGACUGAUGAACUUGGAGCUCAGAACGAAAAGCUAUUUCGCGUUAAGCUUUAUCCUUUCCCUUGGAAAGACGCUGAAACCGAAAAUGCAGGAGUAGCUGCCUACGAAAGCGGGGAACUCAGCGAAACGUGUGUCACGAAAAGGAUGAACUCAGCUUCACUCAUGGACUGGGCCGAAACAAUCUUACGACAAAGGAGCGUCACACGAGAUCGAAGGCGUGAUGAAUUCGUGAAACUGUGGCAAGCACUUCCUACGCGUGUGGAAAAAUUGGUGGUCGAGUGA